AUGAUCUAUCUGAUAUUGCUAGUUUUCUUAAGCUAUUUUCAUGGAAAAUCAGCCCUUUGCCCUCCUUCAUCGAUCGCUGUUCCAUCUCAAAACCUCUGCGUCGCUUUGUUAAAAAAAACCACUGUUGAAGGCAAAAACAUUAAUGUCGCUUGGGUAGGAAUUAUCUCAAACCCGGUGACUGGAAAGGAUUUGUUUUUGAAUGGAACUGAUGCCACCAACGAUUUGCCUCUUCCGCUCUUUUGGGUGAACACGAAAAAUGCGACCGCUUAUUCUGACGCGUGGGAAAGUUGUUGGUUUAGCUUGCCGAAUUCCACCGAUUGCGAAAACAUUGUCAAACAGACAAAAUGCUACGUUAAACCAAUUCAAAAAUACUCAACCAAUCCGAGAGCUGACCACGAUCUCUUCCUCCAAUUCAUCAAAAUACAGCUUGAUAUGACGCCAAUGUGGAAAAAUGACCCAUCAUGUGUCCAACUCGUAAACCGUACUUUUUUCAAAGGAUAUAAGCCAAAGUUUAACAAGAAUGAGCCCUCGAUUGCUCUCAUUAUGAACGUUAAUAGUGGAGCGGAAAAUCCCGAUCUUUACCUCACACUGACCAGUCACAAAUUUCCAGCUGUUUGUCAAAUAAACUCUAAA